AUGAGCAGCAGCAGCACCAGCGAGCAAGGAAAUGCAACAACAUUCACUGACGAUCCCACCGCCACCCCGACAGAAUACUUCACCUCCCUCCCCAGCCGGUGGGAGACCAUCGGGCUGAUAUUCUCCGUCCUCUGCAUCGGCGCACGUCUUCUCCCCCGACACGACUUGCCACGCCAUCCCAGCACGACGAUCCACCCUUUCUUUCGAUCUGAGCACCGAAAGCGUCCCCUCGUCGCGGUGUAUUGUAUGGAUAAAGGUCUAUGUACCUUCCUCGGUCGGCCGCCGCGGAUUGUAAAGCGUUUCAUUAACACCGAUCCGCCGGUGGAUGUCCCGUUGGAGACUGUCAUGGGUGGUGAUUCUGAUGCGGUGGUGGUCGGGGUGGCUUCGACGGGAUGGAACAAGCGUGGCGUUUUCACGAGGGGAUCGUAUACGCGGGUUGUGGAGGUUUCGCUGACGGAUUAUCUCCAGGGUGAGGAGUUGGUGCGGAGUGUUGAGGAAAUAUGCUCCCAGCAGCGCAAAUCCGCAAUUCCCUUCCAGCAGGGCUAUGCCGCAUCAGCAGCACAGAGGACUUCGAGCGCGACCCAGAGACGAGUAAAGUCUCGCUGUGUCUGCAUAUGGGAUCUGUCAGCAGGCGAGAAGGACCUCCUUCAACCUUCCAAUCCGCCCCUCGACCUCUCCCCCUCCGACUUUGAUUUCGACCUCGACCUCGCCCUCGCCUCGUCAGCGUCCUUCCCCCCCGUUGACCCCACCCUUUUCUAUGACUCCCCCGCCGACUCCCUCACGGGCUCCGCCUUGUCCAGUCUGAGUGACACCUGUUACGACCAAGAUCAGAUCCUCGGCUACCCGGACUUGUCCUGCGCCAACCUCAUCCCCGUCCCUGGAGCCGAUUCGGAUGCGAUUGCCUCUCUGCUCAGUUCCCCGGAUUUGAGCGAGUCGCUGAAUCUCUUCCCGUCGCCCGGUGUGCAAUCAGUACCAGACCCCUCUCACCACCCCUCCACCCAAUCCCAACCAAACCCCCAAACCCAGAUGCCAUCGAUCAGCUCAUCGACAUCUCCCUUCGUGACCACCUCCCGAGCCGAGCCCGCUCCGAAAGAACCUCCCAACCGCGUCAAGAAACGGGAGCUGAACACCCUCGCCGCUCGUCGCUACCGCCAGCGUCGACUGGACCGGAUGAGCGAGCUGGAGGCGGAGCUCGAGGCCGUGAAGCGGGAGCGCGAUGAGCUGAAGAUGCGGGUUUCCAAGUUAGAGGGUGAGACGGAUGCGCUGCGAAGUAUGGUGAAGGUGCAGGAUAAGCAGUAA